AUGAGCGGCCAGCAGCCGCAUCUGAAGCCUUUUUUUCACCCAUCCUCAAACAGCAGUUCAAAUGCCUCACCGUCAGAAAAUGCACAAGUAGGAAGUUCUGGAUGUACUCCUCAGUCCUUCCCAAAGUUCCAGCACCCUUCUCAUGAACUUUUGAAGGAAAAUGGCUUCACCCAACACGUGUAUCACAAGUAUCGUCGAAGAUCCCUAAGUGAGAGAAAACGCUUGGGAAUUGGCCAGUCCCAAGAAAUGAAUACCCUCUUUCGUUUCUGGUCCUUUUUCCUCAGAGAUCACUUCAAUAAAAGAAUGUAUGAGGAAUUUAGACAACUUGCUUGGGAAGAUGCAAAAGAAAACUACAGGUAUGGAUUAGAAUGUCUGUUCAGGUUUUACAGUUAUGGACUGGAAAAAAAAUUCAGACAAGAAAUUUUUAAGGAUUUCCAGGAAGAAACCAAAAGAGACUACGAAUCUGGUCAGCUGUAUGGAUUAGAAAAGUUUUGGGCUUAUCUGAAGUAUUCUAAAUCUAAAGCACAGUCUAUUGACCCAAAACUUCAGGAAUACCUCUGUAGCUUUAAGAAGUUAGAAGACUUCCGCGUUGAUCCCCCUAUUAGUGAGGAAUUUGGAAGAAAAAGACAUUCAUCUACUUCUGGUUCGGAAAGUAAUCGUCAUAGAGGUCCAUCCAAUUCUUCCACGAAGUCACCAAAUGCGGCUAACCCUGCAUCUGCCAAUCAGCUUCAGGGCCCAAUAAAUUCUCCCAGAAGGAAUACGGCACAGAGGUCCAGUGACAGUUCACACCAGAAUAGUGCUGCCUCAGUCUCCACAAGUGGUGAAAUGCCUGAGAAAUAGAUGCUUAUGAAAGUUGUUUGCCUUUAAAAUCAACAUUUACAUCAGUAUUUAUUUGGGAAAAAUCUUCUGAUGUUUAAUUGUGAUAAUCAGAAAAAAGAAAAAGGAAGAAAAGUGGUAGCAUUUUUUUUUUCUAGCAAGAUAAAUUCUAAAAACGAUUUCCCUGACUGACCUUUUAUAGAGAUCCUCUAGUAAUGUGUUUUGGUCUCAGUAUUUCUUUUUCAAAGCUGUUGUUUACAAGAACAGCAUUCCUUAAAUGCAAAAACAACAAGGAAUGCCUAACAUUUCAGCUCAUACUUCUUAAAGAAGAUACUGUAUGUUGUAUUCAUCUCUUCUAUAGAGCUUUCUUAAAGAAUCCAAUUACCCAACAACUAUCACUUCAUAUUUGAACUUCUCAAAAACAAAGGAAGAUUACAUAUAUAUAUUUUUUUUAACUCAGAAAAUGAAUAUGAAAUGAUACAUUUGCUUUUCUUUUAGACAUAUUAGUUUACAGGAAACUUUUUUGUUUUUUGUUUUUACAAAAGUAGAAAUAUAUUGCAGUUAUAUUGAAGCAUACACACUUUGGAUCCUGGAUUUUGCUUUUUCCCAGCUAGUUAUAGUUGUGUUGGUUGUGGAGUGUUCUGAAUUGGCAUCAGCUGGUUUCAUAUUGGGAGUGAUUUACUUUUUGUGACUAUGUACAAACCUGCACAAGUAAUUGAAAGUGAUGAAAACUGGGUUGGGAUUGGUGGGAAUAUUGUCCUAAAUUAAUUAAAUCUUGCACUGCUUGGGCCGGCCGAGUGGCUCAGUUGGUUAAGGGCUCACCCAAGAGUUUGAGUUCUGAGCAACAGCAGUUCAAUGCCC